GGUACCUACCAAAUAGCAACAAAUAAAUAAUACAAAAAUUCAUAAACAUUGCAUAAUAUUAUUAUUAUUACAUCGUUGAAUUUGUUACUUUUUUUCCCUUCAAAAUGAUGUAUGAUACUAUGCAGGUAGGAUAAGAGGAUUAUCACUUUUGAUUUUUAAAAGUAGUAGAUCAUUGAUGAUACAAACAUCCUUGUUGUUAUUAUGGCUACUAUGCAUUUGGGAGCAUUGUUUUAUCAAAUAGGCAUUGGAGAAAAAAAAACCAAUCUGAUCUAGCUGUCAUCGCAAUUAUUAUUGUGUAUCAUCGUGUUUGGGUUAGAAGGCAUAUCGAAUAUUGUAGAAAAAACUAUUUGGAAUUUGUUGAUUGAGGACUGAUAAUGGCUGGAAGAGAUUUGGUUUUUGGUAACAAUGAAAAAUAUGACAUUAUACAAUGUUUUAAUCAAUCCAAUGAAAACGUUAGCGAAGCUUUGGAACUUUAUUUCAACAGAUAUCCUGAGAGGCAUCAACCUAGUCGAGCAACUAUAUUUAGACUAAAGCAUAAUUUACUAUAUUAUGGUGCAUAUUCCAAACCUCGACCCAAGGUAUAUAAUAAAGAAAAUCAAGAAGUAGAUGAAAUAAAUGUUUUAGCUAGCGUUCAUGCCAAUCAUCAGAAUUCUUGUGCAAAAUUAGAAAAUGAAACUGGCGUUUCCAGAUCACGGGUACACAGAAUUUUAAAACAGCAUAAGUUAAAACCCUACAAAUUUAAUAUUGUCCAACACUUAUAUCCUGGUGAUGCAGCAAGACGUAUGAAUUUCUGCAAUUGGUUUUUGAACCAAGCUCAGAGAGAUAUUGAUUUUGCAAAAAAAAUUAUUUGGUCAGACGAAUCACAUAUUAGCAGUGCUGGUAUAUUUAACAGGCAAAACACAAGACAUUGGUAUGAUGAAAACCAUCACAUAGUUUUUGAACGACAACAACAAGGUCGAUUUGGUUUUAAUGUGGCAUGUUUCAUAUUGGGGACUAAAAUCAUAUACCGCAUUUUUGAAGGAUCUCUUACCGCAAAUGAUACUUGACAAUUUUAGAAGACGUGUUACCAGAACUGCUGGAAGAUGUUCCCCUCGCCUUUCGUAAUUCUAUAUAUUUCCAACAGGACGGCGCCCCUGCCCAUAAUUCAAGAUUGAUCGGGCGGUUUUUAGAAAAUAAUUUUCAGGGUUGUUGGAUUGGAACGCAUGGACCCAUCAGGUGGCCUCCAAGGUCACCUGAUCUGUCUAUAUUAGAUUUUUUCUUUUGGGGCUAUUCGAAAAAUAAAAUAUACGAUAAAAGACACAACAGUCCCGAAGAACUUCGUGCAUCAACAGAGGCAGUUUUCCAAGAUUUACAAAACCGCCCUUUUAUAAUAUUAAAUGCACUCAGGCGUAUUGAAAAGGUUUGUCAAUUAUGUAUUAGGGAGAAUGGACAGCAUUUUGAACAGUUCAAUGUGUAAGAUAUUAUGAAAUGUUUAUGAAUUUUUGUAUUAUUUAUUUGUUGCUAUUUGGUAGGUACCUACGUUUUGUUUUUCAUGUUAGUGAUGAGUGUAUUAUCUUUGUUUGCUUACUCUUUUAUGAA